AUGGCCGCCUCCAUGCUUAACGCUGCUGGGAACCCUGAUGGCAGCGGCACCGCCACUGUGGGCCUCACACACAGCCCCCAGAUCGAUGUCACUGCAGGAGCCGUGAGCGUUAACCUGGGCUUGAGCCGAGUGCUGACCCCCAUCAGCAUCAACGUGCUGGAGCUCAUUGUUUUGGACCACAACAGGCUCAGGGCCCUGUACGACUGCUACACAAAGCUGGGGCCCGGGCUAUCGGCUGAGAACCGGCAGCUGCUGUCGUGGGAGCUUAUCAUGUGCAUGUCAGAGCACGCGGCCAAGGAGGAGCUUGUGCUGUACCCCGCCAUCAGGGCUGUGUUUGGCGACAUGGAGGCGGACAAGUGCCUGCAGGAGCACGCGCAGGUCAAGCGCCUCACUGCCCAGCUGGACACCAUGGUUUCGACCGACCCGGCCUUUGAUAUGGCCGUGAGGGGGGCGGUCGAGGCCAUGCUGGCCCACGUGGCAGAGGAGGAGGGCACCCUGCUGCCGCGCAUGGGGGACGCGCUGACGCCGGUGACGCUGCUGCAGCUGGGGCUGCAGUUUGAGGCCGCAAAGGUGCGCGCCCCCACGAGGCCUCACCCCGAGGCCCCAAACCUGCCGCCCUUCAACGAGGCUUCCCUGGCGGCCGCAAAGCAGGUCGACACUGCCCUGGACCAGGCUCGCAUGCCGUCAGUCGUGCCUGCCAUGGUCGCCCUCAAGGGCGGCGGCCCAGAGGGCGCCCCCACCCCCCAGGCUGUGCCCACUGAGCCUGCUGGCACAACCAGCGCGGGCAUGGAGCUCGGCGGCGGCGCCGAGGGCGGCGCGUCAGAGGCGCCUAUGGAGGUGAUUGGCGGCAUCGGCGGCGUGAGUAUGGGUGGGACUGCUGCCGGCGGCGCUGCAGGCCUGCCCACAACGGGUCUCGGCGCCAACGCCGGCAGCACCGGCGGCGGAGCAGGCGCGCUGAUGGAGGGUCUUGGCGGAGGCGCUGCUGGCACUGGCGGCGGUGCAGGCACGCCCAUGGAAGGCCUCGCCGCCGGCGCCGCCGGCACGGGCGGCGCCGGCGCCGCUGAUAUGCCAGAUGUGACGCGUGAUGAUGUCAUGGGCCCAGGCGGUGCCGAAAACCGCCGCGAGGCAGCGAAGGCUGCGGCGGCGCCUGGCGGCGAAAUGGAUGACAUCACGGCGCCCGAAAUCGACGCCGCGCCGUGA